AUGGAAAACGGUUGGAGCGAAGAUAAAUCGGAUAAAGGAGGCGAACAUUCCUCUGUCGAAGCAGUGAUUCCGAUCAAAGAAUCUCGAGCAGCAAAGAAUGACCUGAUCAUCUAUUGCUCUAACAAGAAUAUUUCCGAAGAAGAAGAGAUCGUUGUGAAACGUUUCGGGGUUGAGAAAGCAGUUUUAGCUUGUCAUUCUAUAUUUUUUGAAAAUACGUUUGACGAUUACGAUAAAUCUAGCGAAGAAGGUCAAAUUCAACUACCAGAACAAGCUGAUGUAGUUGAAACAUUCUUAAAUUGUGUUUAUGGUAUAGACACCGAAGUUUGGUCAUUCGAUCGUUGUAUUGAUGUCAUCGAGAUGGCUAGAAAUUAUGAAGCAAGAAUUGUGGAAAGGCAAGCUUAUCUUCGCUUAUCAGUAGUUCCUAUCAACAAGGAUAGAGAAGGAGAAAAUGACCUGAUCAUCAUUUGUCAAGGCAUAAAUCCUGAAACAAAGGUCGCGGAAACCAAGCGUUAUGGCGUUGAGGUUGCUGUUUUGGCUAAUCAUUCGGUCAUUUUUGCUGAUAUGUUUACAGCAUGUGAUCGAGUUGAUAAAGAUAGGCAAAUUGAUCUCCCAGAGAAAGACGAACUUGUUCUAGCAUUCCUCAAAAUCGUCUUCGGUCAAGAACCUGGAGUAUGGCCAUUCGAUUUAUGUGUAGACGUGAUCGAAAUGGCCAAGAAAUAUCAAGCACGAUCUGUCGAAAGACAUGCCUAUACACAAAUCAACUUUGCUUUUACCGAUCUUAUGUCAAACGGUCGUCAAAUAUGGUCGAAAAGAACUCGAUAUGGACGACUGUUUCUCCUGCAGUUCAUCUUGGUCUGGCAUUCGGCCAUAAAUGAUAAUAUAGCCGAGGCUUCAAUGCUCGAGACUUCAUUUAAGGAGAAAAAGACGUUGAUACUUCAAUAUUUAGGCCUAGAAAUCUAUAGUCCAAGCUACACCAGAUCUAAGGUAGAGUGUCGUAAGUGUCGAACGGAUUUUGGCACGUAUUUCAAUAAUGGCAUAUUUGAUCAGCCAAGUUUUAAUCUCGAGGGAAUUGCUAACGAAAGCGAACGAUCACUUUUUAGUAUUAGCGAGCUUCUCGAAUUCAAGCUGUUCCUCAUCUUAUCCAUAAGUUCUUACGAAGGCCAUCUUGAGCUCAAGUAUUUCAAGAAAGAUAAAUUCUACAAAGACUAA